AUGUCCGACAGCAGUGAUAAUGAGCGGCCGAUCUACGCACAGAAGAAGAAGCAGAAAAAGAAGGAUGUUGUCUUUUACACGCAUUUCGAGGAAGUGCUGCAGAAAAUCAACCCAUUCGGUCCGUAUCAAAUUUUCACGGUGAUAGUCAUCCUGUACGCAUCUAUAGAAUGGGCAGGAAACAGCACCUUCAUGGACGUCCUCGGAUCACUUGAACCAAACUGGAACUGCACGCUAAGAAAUGGAAGUUAUUACACAGUGAACGCACCAACGGACGAUACCAAAUGCGCUUUUCUGAAGAAUAACUGCUCAUCCUAUACUGCUGAGGUUCGUUGCACGAUCUCGUCUUAA